AUACGCACACACACUCUUUUAAGGAGAGAAUGGACCUGAGGAACGUCUCUUAAACUCACAGGAACUGUGAGUAUUGAGAGGAUGAGAAGGAAAAGUUGUUGAAAAGAGGGAAAGAAGAAGCAGCCAUGACGUGGAGGAGCCCUCUUGCCCUGGUGAGGGAGGCUCUGAGAGGUCAGAGGGCGCGGGAGAAGGACCUCCGCAACUUGGGGUCCAAUCUGCCUUAUGAGGGCCUGGAGAAGGUGAAGCAACCCAACCGCUUCUUCCCUGGCAACGCCAUCAAAACCACCAAAUACACCCUUCUCCUCUUCAUCCCAAUGAACCUUUUUGAGCAGUUUCACCGUCUGGCCAACAUCUACUUUGUUGGCCUGGCCAUCCUGAACUUUGUCCCUGUAGUGAAUGCCUUCCAGCCAGAGGUAGCGCUGAUCCCUAUCUGUGUCAUCAUUACUCUGACAGCCCUGAAGGACGCCUGGGAGGACUUCAGGAGGUACCAGUCUGACAGAAAGCUCAACAACACGCUGUGCUUCAUAUACAGCAGAAAAGAGAAAAAGUUUUCGGAGAGGCGCUGGAAGGAGGUGCGAGUGGGAGAUUUUGUCAAGGUGGUUUCCAAUGAGAUUGUCCCUGCAGACCUCCUGCUCUUGCACACAUCAGACCCCAAUGGUGUGUGUCACAUAGAGACUUCCAACCUGGAUGGAGAGACCAACCUGAAGCCGAGGAGGGCAGUGUCUGACAUCUGUAUCUCGGAUCCUGAAUUUGAACCUGAAAGCUUCAACAGCGUUGUGGUGUGUGAAAGGCCCAACAACAAUCUGAAUCAUUUCAAGUGUUAUGUAGAGAAACCUGAUAAGGAGAAGGUGGGCGCAGGGAUAGAGAGUCUGCUGCUGCGAGGAUGCACAGUGAAGAACACGGACCACGCUGUUGGCUUUGUGGUGUAUGCAGGUCAUGAAACCAAGUCAAUGCUCAACAACAAUGGGCCAAGAUACAAGCGCAGCAAACUAGAGCGUAAGCUGAACAUAGACGUCAUCUUCUGCGUCAUUCUCCUCCUCUCCAUGUGUUUCAUGGGAUCAGUAGGUCACUUCUUAUGGCUGGAGGAGUUCCCUGGUGUACCUCCUUAUCUGGUCCCAGACAGCAAUGGUCAUCUGGAAAGCCACGGUCUGUCUGGCUUCUACAUGUUCUUUACCAUGAUCAUCCUGCUGCAGAUCCUGAUCCCUAUCUCCCUCUACGUGUCCAUAGAGUUGGUGAAGAUUGGUCAGAUCUUCUUCAUCACUCAUGAUGCAGAUCUGUACGAUGAGGAGACAGACAGCCGAGUACAGUGUAAGGCCCUGAACAUCACGGAGGAUCUGGGACAGAUUGAAUACAUCUUCUCAGACAAGACUGGCACCCUCACUGAGAACAAGAUGGUGUUUCGCAGAUGCUCCAUCAUGGGCACCGAGUACCCACACAAAGAGAACGCAAUCCGCUUAGCUGUCCUUGAAGGGCCAGAGUCAGAGUCAGGGGAAGAGGUAAUCUUCAACCAGCGACCUCAACCCCCUCAGACGGGAUGGUCUCUGCACGCUGAGGACACCAGCCUGGAAGACAUGCAACAUCACUAUGACAACCGACACAAGAGCAUGGUCACGGGAAGUGCCCCGAGCGAUGUGGCCUUCAGCAGUCCGCUGGAAACCGAGGUGAUUCCAGACAGGAAGUUGCUUCAGCACAUUAGCAGGCUGGAAAGCAGCGGCAGCCGGAAGACUGAUCCUUACCUGGACUUCUUUCUGGGUCUCGCCAUUUGCAACACGGUGGUGGUUUCCAUGGCAACAGCUGAGCGACAGAGGGCAAGUGGGUUUUCACGCACGGGUCGGACAAACAACCCUCUGGAUACUUUGUCCAAUCUGGUGAAAAAACCCUUCUCUCUUCACCAUAUUUUCACCUCCUGGAAGAACAAGCCCAAAAGAAGCGGCACCAUGUCAGAGGACUCGGUUGUACCAGAAGAGGACUAUUUUAACGCCCCUGUAAAAAUAGACGGUUCUGGAAAUACUGAUGGGCUUCAAACUUGUUCUCUCCAAGCUCCCUCCCAUAGCAAUGAUCCUGCAAUGACCCCAGAUAAUGUGACUUAUGAGGCAGAAAGUCCAGAUGAGGCAGCCCUGGUGUAUGCAGCCAAGGCAUAUGGCUUCACCCUGCUUGCCCGCUCCCCAAAAAGCGUGACGGUGAGGCUCCCGUCUGGCGAGGACCUGGUGUUUGAGGUGCUGGACACCUUGACCUUUGACUUCAACAGGAAGAGAAUGUCUGUUUUGGUGCGGCACCCAAUCACCAAAGAGUGUGUGUUGUACACUAAAGGUGCAGACUACGCCAUUAUGGAGCUACUCAGUACUCCGUACGCAGAACAUCUCAGAGGGAAGCAGAAGAAUAUAGCAGCAGAUACUCAGCAUCAUCUUGACUGUUAUGCUAAAGAGGGGCUGCGCACACUUUGCUUCACGAAGAAGGUUGUGAGUGAAAAGGUUUAUGAAAGUUGGAUAGAUUGCAGGCAAAGAGCUCUGGCUGCUAUAGACAACAGAGAGGAGCUGGUUAUGGAAACUGCUGUGCAGCUAGAGACAGAACUCACCCUGCUAGGGGCAACAGGCAUCGAGGACCGUCUGCAAGAGAGUGUCCCAGACACCGUGGUGGCGCUGCGGGAGGCAGGGAUCCAGGUGUGGGUGCUGACUGGUGACAAGCCGGAGACAGCUGUCAACAUCGGAUACGCCUGUAGGCUCCUGGAAGAGGAAGACCUGGUGAUUAACAUGAGCUGCAAAAGCAAGCUCGAGUGCACAUCCAUCUUGGACUGCACACUGGAAGAGGUGAGAAGGUACAGCGAAGACCCUCGUAAUGUGGACACCAGCCAAGACAUCGCUCUGGUGAUCGACGGACGCACCCUGACCAUGGCUCUGUCGGCAGACCUGCAGGAUCGCUUUGUGGACCUGGCGAAACACUGCCGUACCGUGCUCUGCUGCAGAGUCACGCCCUUACAGAAGAGCAGGGUGGUGAAGGUAGUCAGGGAGAAACUCAAGGUCAUGACCCUUGCUGUUGGUGAUGGUGCAAAUGAUGUAAACAUGAUCCAAGCAGCUGAUAUAGGCGUCGGGAUAUCCGGCCAGGAGGGCAUGCAGGCCGUCAUGGCGAGUGAUUUUGCUAUAUCUCGCUUUAAACACCUGAAAAAACUUCUCCUGGUUCAUGGACACUGGUGCUACACUCGACUGGCUAACAUGAUCAUUUAUUUCUUCUAUAAGAAUGUGGCCUAUGUGAACCUACUCUUCUGGUAUCAGUUCUUCUGCGGCUUCUCCGCAGCUACCAUGAUCGACUACUGGCUGAUGAUUUUCUUCAACCUCUUAUUCACCUCGGUGCCGCCGAUCAUGUUUGGGAUUAUGGAACAAGACCUUUCUGCCGAGAUGCUGCUUGGGGUUCCUGAACUGUACAGGACUGGACAAGGUGCAGGGGAAUACACAUUUACUACUUUCUGGGUGUCAAUCCUCGAUGCGUUCUAUCAGAGUCUGGUGUGCUUCUUUAUCCCAUACUUGGCUUACCAGGAUUCCGACAUUGAUGUUUUUACCUUUGGAACUCCUAUAAACACCAUUGCUUUAUUUACCAUCCUGUUGCAUCUGUCAAUAGAGAUCAAAGCCUGGACGGUGGUUCACUGGGUAAUCAUGCUAGGCAGUGUGGCGUUGUAUUUCAUUGUGACGCUUGCAUACAGCGCCAUGUGCGUCACCUGUAACCCUCCGUCCAACCCUUACUUGAUCCUCCAGAGCCAGAUGGCCGACCCCAUGUUCUACCUUCUCUGCAUCAUCACUACGGUGGUGGCUCUGCUGCCCAGGUACAUGUUUCACGUGCUGAGAAACUCUAUCGCCCCCUCCCCGCUCGUGCAAGCCAGACGACUGGACCGGCUGGACACCUCCACGAGGGACGAGUGGAUGAAGGAGUGGAGGAGCUUCAGGGGCCUCGGACAGGUCAGACGCUCCAGGCUGUCCACCCCACACUCUACCACCCUGGAGACCCCUGCGGACAUUUAUCCCCAGUCUCCCACCGCCUCUGAUAUAAUGGCCGAUGAUUUGACACUGAAUGUCAUUACUGAAAACUAUCAGAGGUCUGUACACAUGUGAGAAACAGAGACUCGUUGGCAGAUUGAAGGAAUGAGAUUAUAAUUUAUUAAGAAGAGUGGAAAUAUUCUGAACUGGCUCAUGAGUAGAUAUAUAGUUGUUUAAUUUAGGGGUGGUCUCACAUGAAAGCAAUUAGGAAGGAAUACUCUUUCUCUCUAAUUUGUGACAAAUCAUUGAUCAGUGCAAUGAUUGACAAAAGGUAUUUGGACUUCUUCCUCGUACUCUCCUCAUAGCUGCCAUAGUGAACACAUAAGCCUGUUACUUUCCUGAUGGGUUUUCAGAGCACAGUGGUAACCCAAUUAGUCAUGCCACCCACCCCUCAAAAACAUGGCAUAUUUCCAGAACUAAAUGCAUAGCUGGUUUAAUAUAUUCCUCUCACCUAGAUACCCUAAACAGUCACAAUGCAUACUGUCAGUGAGGCAAACACAUGUGUUAUUUGCAAAUUCUUCAUUAAGUUGCCACUAUAGACAAAUGAAUGUCUUUACACUGUAGGCUGGGCCUGUGGCUGGUUGUGUUUUAGGAUAUCUGAAUUAUCUGCUGUGAAAUACAAAUAAGAACAAUCAAAUUCUAUUUA